AUGGAAAAGCAAAUGGCUGAGAUUUACACAAGCAAAAUUUUGCUUAAGUUUCAAGAUGAAUUGUGGCAUAGCUUACUGACAAUGCCACAACUUGUUCGUGAAAACGAUACUCACAAAAUGUAUGUGGUUGAGAGUAGUCCAAAUGAUCGUGUUUGUAUAGUUUGGGAAAUUGCUUACGAUAAAGUAUUGGACUAUGCAUCUUGUACUUGUAAGAAGUUUGAGAGUGAAGGAAUUCCAUAUAGACAUAUUUUGGCAUUCUCGCGACUCCUUAUUAAUAUUGCUUUGCCAAAUCAAUAUAUCAUGAAAAGGUGGACUAGAGUUGCAAAAACUCAAAUAAUAUUCGACAAGCAAGGUGUUAAGAUAAGUGGAAAACGUAGUUCAAUGUUGAUGUGGCAAGCUAAACUAUUCCAACUUGCUUUAGAAGUCAUUGAUAAAGCCAUAACAAAUGAAGAGGUAAGUGUAAUUAUGAAUGAUGGUCUUCAAAGUUUGCUAGACAAGAUUAAAUCCAUAGUUAUCAACAGGAAGAGUGGAUGCAUUGUUGAAAAAGGUAGUAAUGCUAAUAAUUCUGAAUCUUUGAAAGACCCAUCUUAA